CGCUUUCUCGAUAGACCAAUCGAUAAUAAGAAGCACUAAAUUAUUAAAUAAGUAAAUAUGGCGGUCUAGAAUUAAAGGAAAGCUGUUUUUGUUGUGCGGGAUUCCCUUUGGACAUGAAUAUAAAGUCGUCGCUCGUUUUUGUCGUCACAGAUGUGUCAAUGCGGCGUUAUGAAUACCACACGUCUUCUGUGCAGGCUAUUUCCUGUUGAAAAAUGAUUGGUUUCACUUUACUUUAUUUUAAAAGCGAUUGGCUGAACAAAAGAGGAAUGUGAUUGAAGUGUAGCGGCACCAUAGGAAACGUGACUAUUUAUUUUUAGCAUGCAGAAAUGUGAUCUAUAUUUGAAGUUAGCGCGUCAAAUUGUGGGAAUUUUGGUUUGGAAUGGUCGCCCUUCCUACGACGCAGUUAGUGCGUUAUCGUUCAGAUUUCCUUCCGAAAUUCUUGGCAGUCAUGUAGAUUCAUGUCUGCAUUGACGACUAAGAAAACAACAUCCACACAUGGAAACUUUCAGGCAGCGUUCGAGGUUCGGGAGGAAAGAGGACGACGUGAAACUCAGGAAAAGAAAAUCUCGACUGUACACAAAAGACGACGGUGCUCCUAUAAAGACAGAAGUGCUGAGAGUCGCGUUGUUUUCUGUGCUUUUCCGCGUGCUCAACUGCUUCCUGGUUCAGAGCAGCUUCGUUCCGGAUGAGUACUGGCAGUCUGUGGAGGUCGCCCAUCACAUGGCCUUCAAUUAUGGGCAUCUGACGUGGGAAUGGAAGGAGGGCAUAAGAGGCUUCACAUAUCCUCUCUUCUUUGCAGUUAUCUAUAAAAUGCUACACUGGAUACAUUGCGAUUCUGUGUAUCUUCUGAUAUGGCUUCCCCGACUACUUCACGCACUCGUUGCCGCCUUUGCGGACGUUAAAUUCUUCUUCCUCAUCAGAACACUGGAAGAUCGCGAUAUUGCAAAAUGGACGUUCUUCUGCCACAUGUGCUCGUGGUUCACGUGGUUCUGCUGCACCAGAACGAUAAGCAACAGCGUGGAGGCCACAAUCGCUUGUCUGGCUCUUUCCUACUUCCCUUUGCCGAGAUCCAAAACACACAGCAGUAAAAAAUAUCUGAGCCUCGUCGCAUUAGCGUUCAUUGUUCGUCCCACGGCCCUGAUUGUCUGGCUUCCGCUGUUGAUUUACCAUUUCUGGCGGGACGAAAACAAAUUGAGACUCAUGGUUGAUAACUACAUUCCUAUAGGGGCUUCAGCCAUCGCGAUUUCAACCAUAAUCGACUCUGUCUUCUUUGAAAAGUGGAUCUUGGUGCAAUUCAACUUCGUGAAGAUGAACGUCUUACACGGCGUGGCUGACUUUUACGGCACCCACCCCUGGCACUGGUACCUCACCCAGGGCUUCCCCGUCAUCGCGGGCUCUCACCUCCCGUUCUUUUUCCACGGAUGUUCCCUCGCGUUCAGAAGGUACAGAAUCCUGCUGGUGGCGAUCGCUUGGACCGUCGGCAUAUACAGUUUGCUUCCUCACAAGGAGUUUAGAUUCAUCUACCCUGUGCUUCCCUUCUGUAUGGUCUUUUGCGGUGUAUCGGUGGCAAAUAUGAAAGUGUGGCGACGAGCAGCCGCGUGCGGCUUGUUGGUGACCAACUUGCUGGUAGCCCUGUACACGGGUUUAAUCCACCAGCGCGGCGCCCUGGACGUGAUGGGCCACGUCCGCGCGCUUUGCCACAACGUGUCCGAGUACGACGUCCUCUUCCUCAUGCCCUGCCAUUCCACGCCUUACUACAGCCACGUCCACUGCCCGCUAAAGAUGCGGUUCCUCGAGUGCCCGCCUGAUCUCGGCCAGCCGGGCCACGUGGAUGAAGCGGACAGAUUCUACGACGACCCGCUCCUCUGGCUCCGGACUUCGUUUCCCCACGUGCGGUCACGUCCUACUCACUUGAUUCUCUUUGAUGUCUUGGAGAAGGAGAUCUCAGCGUUUCUGCAGGACUACAUUAAAACAGCGGACGUAUUUCACACUCAUUUUCAACAGGGAAAAGUUGGAGGAAGAAUCUUUAUUUAUGAAAGGCUUCAACCACCACGGGAACAUCUCGGGGACAAUGUCUGAUAUUAUAUAGAAUACAAGGCUUAUAUUUUAAGGCAUGUAAUGGGCCUUCAGUUGAAUUUGUUUUUUUUUUGCACUUGUUAGCGAUUUUGUAAUGAGCACCCUGUCUGAAGCGCUGCGUUCAACACUGGAAGACACCAGAAUGCUGCUCUCGUUCCUUCCUUGGGGCCAUUUGCCAUUUUGUAUUAUGUCUGGCUUGUAUGUUUGCUACAUCUCACUGUAGGAUUUACUUUAUUGAUUUGCCCCUGUUAACAAGAGUUUUGGCAUCUCCCCAUCAUCACAUCAUGUCAUGUUUCCUUCGUUUUCACUUGUUGUGUUGGUUUUGCCUUCCACCAUAAUUUUUGGUUACUUUUUACCCACCCGUUUAUCAAGAUUCCCCUACCUCGUUAUACUUUUUUUUUUUUAAUAUAUAUAUUUCUAUUUCUUGGCGGCACAAUGAUUGAUUGUUAAGCACAUCUAUUUGACAGUUCUGAGGGUCCAGGUUCAAAUCCGGCCUUGCUUGUGUGGACUUUGCAUGUUCUCCACGUGCCUGUGCGGGUUUUUUUCCAGGUACUCCCGGUUUCCCCACCACAUCCCAAAAAACAUUCAUGGUAGACUAACUGGGGGCUUUAAAUUGCCUGUUGGUGCAAUUGCUUGUAUGUGCCCUGCGAUUGUCCGGUGACCAAUUCAGGGUGUACCCUGCCUCUCAGUCAGCUGGGAGAGGCUCAAACACGCUUGUGAUGUAAGAUGAAUGAAUGAGUUCUGUUUAGUUUUUAGUUGUUUUUUUUUUUAAAUAAAGACAGCUUCUGCAGC